ACUGCUCUGGCGCUUUCACGACAACUGUGAACAUGGAAAAUAUGAGGUCAAAUCAUGACUUCAUGACUUCAGGUCGUAAAUUUGGAGCUCUAGAAAGAGGCCCGACUUGGAAUUCCAGAAGUCUUGGACUUACUAAAGUCGGAAGUCGGAGACUUCCGAGUUCCCAGUUGUUUUGAACGCGGCAUCUCCUAUCUCCCUUCGCCGUGACGUAGGGGUGCCUGCACAAUCCAACAUGGAGUAGCGAGCGAUGGGGCUCUAGCGGGGCCACCCCUCGGUAACGCCAGUGCCCAUUCAGCAACGCUGAACGGGCCGUCGAAAACCGGGCCCCCAGAAUUUAGGAGGCACAUGUUUUACUUCACCGUAUUACCCUGAGGAUUAUAAACUUUCGGAGAGUCUUUAUUUUACACAAGCAACUGGUUGGCAUAACAAGAAAAGGACAGCAGAGAGAGAGAAACCUACUGUAGUCUAAGACUGAAGCAAAGAGCGCUGUGUAUUCACACAAAGGCAGCGGAAAGAUAGGCUUCUACGCGGAAUAGAAGGGAAAGGACUGAGGAUAGGUGUUGAAAAAAAUGACGAGCAAAAAGCAUGCACCCGCAUUGGGAUAUUAUUUCAGGUGAAACGAGAAAAUGAUAGAAGAAACACACCCAAGCGACGACAGCUACAUCGUGUGUGUAAAAGCCGUGGUGAUGGUGAGGGAUGAUUCCAGUGGAGGCUGGUUGGUCCAGGACGGGGGGGCUCUGAGUAGAGUGGGAGUCUGCAGGGUCCUGCCCCCCGAGCUGGGGCUGGGACUCGCCCCCCUGGGUCACUCCCACUUCCUCAUCCAUGGAGAACGUCUACGGGACAAACAGGUGAGGGACAAACAGGUGAUCCUGGAGUGUGCUCUGAGGAAGAACCUUGUGUACACCAAGGCCACGCCCACCUUCCACCAUUGGAUGGUGGAGGACAGGAGGUGUGGCCUGACGUUCCAGAGGCCUGCUGAUGCUCGGGCCUUCGACAGAGGCGUACGGAAAGCCAUGGAGGACAUGGCAGAAGGCUCCACGACGUCCUCCUCAACACUCCAGAAUGAGGCAGAACUGGGCGACGAUGACGUGUUCACCAAUGCCACAGACAGCUCGUCUAACUCCUCCUCCGAGAGACUGGAGCCCUGUCUGCAGCCACUGGACUCCUCCCCCCUCGCUGACUCAUCCCACUUACACAACAACUGCAUCCUGGGAAACGACCUCCACGAACCCUAUAGGUUGUCAGACCACUACUUCCUAGAUCUGCCUCUGCCCCGCAUCCCUCGCCACGUCACCUUCCAGGACGACGAGGAGAUCGUCAGGAUCAACCCUCGGGAACGUUCCUGGGAGCUCCCCUUGGAAUCCUCCUCCCACUCGGAACUCCACAUGGACCAACUAGAACGCUCCUGGCUCACGGGCUAUGAGGACUACCGCCACGCCACCGUGCGCCACAAAUACAUCCGCCCGCCAGACGACUCUGAGUCCUAUGUCCACUUCGCUAAGAGCGAGCCACACAAACACCACUAUAGUUAUCCCCUGGUAUCCACACCGGUAGAUUCCUCCGACCCCAAACCUACCUUCAGACCUUUACCCAAGAGGCACCACUACGCCGGCUUGGGUUCGCAACACCGCCAUCCAGGGGAUCAGGGCUUCGGUGGGGGCGUGGUCUCGACCCAGCCCCAGCCCCUCCUCCCUGGCUCGUCUGAUGGACAGGACAAGAAGUGUGAGGAGGGAGGGGUUGGCGAGCGCCUGCAGUGCCAAUACUGCGGCGAAACGUUCUACGGCGGUAACAACCGACGGGGGCGCUGCCAGGAUGCGCCGGACCCGAUCAGGGCGUGCGUCUGGCGGGUCAGCUGCAUGUGGCUGGCCGACACACUGCUGUAUCACUGCAUGUCUGACCCGGAGGGGGACUACUCAGACCCCUGCUCCUGUGAGGGGGGGUGGCGAGGGGAGGUUGGGCACGCGCUGGGCAGCUCUGCUGGGGUUGUCCCUAGUGGCGCCGUGUCUCUGUCUGUACCCGCCCCUUCACGCCUGCCACCGGGCCGGGGUGGCGUGCGGGAGCUGCGGGGGCAGGCAUGAAGCCUCAAUGACAUAAACCCCAAAAAACACAUAGAGGGGAGAGUGGGAGGAGGGGGAGAAGAAGAGCGGUCCUAUGCCCCAUUUUGGUUUUGUGGUUUUGUUACUCUACAGACGGACGUGUAUAUACAGCGUUGGCGUGUUGUGGCUGCCAUUUUGAAAUGGCGUAAAGAUUGAUAAGCUCCUUCUUGUGUACUUGUCCUUCUCUCUCUCCUCUUUCCACGUGACUGUCUUGUUCCCUCCAUUCCUGUUUGAGGGAGGGACUCUUUAUUUUUUAUGGCUGACUAAUAUGUCAUGUAUCACAUACAACCAGGUACUUUCUACUAUUUACACCGACUUGGUGUUGAACAACUUGAAUUGUUUAGUUUGCGUACGUUGUUGUCCUGUGUGGUUGUUUUCUAGGAGAGACUGUUUGAUAUUAGACCUGGGUUCAUAUAGUAUUUGACAUUUUCAAAAAAAUUAUUUCAGUGUUUGUUCUAGCCGGCCUGAAGUGCCAGAUGGGCCAGAUGGGCGGGGUUUGCAGUGUUUAGACUCCUAUUGGUUCAUUAAUCCAGGCGAGAUCAAUCAAGCACAGUUUUAAGUCUUUGAAAUGAUUUCAAAUAGCAUUUGAACCCAGGUCCUUUUUUAGAUAGUUCUGUUUAUAUGCCACCAGGGUCGAUCCCAGCCCCCUCUAAACCGAACUGGCCUUCUGUCCCAAGUCCUUAGAGCAACGACUAGGAGAUAAGCCUAAAGCUGCUGCUGUAGUAGUGUGUGUGUGUGUGCGUGUGUGUGUGCGUGUGCGUAUGUGUGUAUGUGCACGUGUGUGUGUUGACUAAAGCCUCCUUUGGUGUUAGUAACAAAUGUUACCUCUUCGCUACCCCAGUACAUUUCAUUUACACCAUCUUUACAUAAACUGCAAUAUCAGCAUUUAUAAAGGUUUGAGUUGGACCCUACAAUCAACCAGGAAACCUUCCCACUGAUUAAGUCUAGUCCUGGACUUAAAAACAUACUCAAUGGAGAAUCCAUAUUGAACUAGCUUCUUAGUCCAGCACUAUCUUUCAUUUGUGUCCAGGAAGUUGGUGUAGAGCCUACUACACAGAGGUUCAACUUUAACCUCUCCGGUGAGAAUCAACAGGGACACAUUGAGUUUUGACGUUUUGAAUCCAAAGAUCAUUUUUAAUUGUAUUUAUUUUCUCUCUGAAUUGCCCCACCAGCCGCAGGGUGGACAGACAGACAGACAGACAGUGUCUAGAUACCGCAGGGUGGACAGACAGACAGUUGGUAGGAGAUAGUGUCUAGAUACCACAGGGCAGACAGACAGACAGACAGUUGGUAGGAGAUAGUGUCUAGAUACCACAGGGCAGACAGACAGACAGACAGUUGGUAGGAGAUAGUGUCUAGAUACCACAGGGCGGACAGACAGACAGACAGUUGGUAGGAGAUAGUGUCUAGAUACCACAGGGCCACAGGGUGCACAGACAGAUAUGCCAGUUGGUAGGAAAUAGAUAGACAGUGCCUAGAUACCUUCCUCUAAAGCCAGGAACACAUUUAGAAUGAGUCCCAAAUGGCACCCUAUUCUCAUAGGGCCCUGGUCAAAGUAGUGCACUAUAAACUGAAUAGGCUUCUAUUUGGGAUGCAUACUUAGCCUUUAAAAAGAAAAGGUUUUGGCAAAUCUGAGGUGUGUCAAUUUGGGUUUUAUCUCACCACUUGAGGUUUGAAAACGUCUGACAAUCGUAGAUGUUUGUGAAGCACUACUUUGAGACAUGGGUGUUAUUAACAUUUGAUACAGGUUCAAAGUUGAAAUGUACCUGCAGGAAAUCAACUGUAUAUGUAUCUAAUAUAUGAGAAAGGAAGUCAAACUCAAUAGGACUUUUCUAUUGAGAGAAUGAGUCAAUGAUAGAUUAUUAUUAUUAGCUUAUCAGCAUCGUGUACUCUCACUGAGGACCUAUAAGAAGCAGUUUCACCUUUGUCCCGCCCCCUUCUCACCAGUCACACACCUUUUCUCGUAUGAUUGACACUGCAGCUAUCCACUCCCAACACAAUUUUAAAGCCCAACACUAAUUACAAGAGGACUGGGGUCCGUUCAAGAGGGGGCGAUGUUCUGACAAAAAAAAUUCUGAUUUAGAAAUCAAAUCAAAUGUAUUUAUAUAGCCCUUCAUACAUCAGCUGAUAUCUCAAAGUGCUGUACAGAAACCCAGCCUAAAACCCCAAACAGCAAGCAAUGCAGGUGGAGAAGCACGGUGGCUAGGAAAAACUCCCUAGAAAUGAGACGAGUGGACAUGAUUCUGUCCCAGAGGCCAGUCUAUUCUACACAAGGUAGAAGUGUUCAUCAGGUACUGAAUGGAACAACAACAGACUGUAAUGGGAAGAACUAACGUGUCUGUUUGUUCCAUAGAAAUACAAUGGUGCGUUGUCAGGUAUGCAAUGUCAAUGCUCCUCUCCAACCUAAAUGGUUGAAUGAAUGUGUUGUUUCAUAGAAAUACAAUGGUGCGUUGUCAGGUAUGCAAUGUCAAUGCUCCUCUCCAUCCUAAAUGGUUGAAUGAAUGUGUUGUUCCAUACCGUGUUGCUGUAGAAGGUGAUUUGACCUAUCUGUUGUUGUCUGAAAGCUUCUAAUGGGGAAGGUUGUUUGGUAACUCGUUACGUAAAAGCCAACUGGUAUAAUGCCUUAUAACUUGUUAUAAGCAUGUAUGCACCUUUUAUAAAAGUGUCACAGGCACUAUAUGUUAAUUCA